AUGUCAUUUCGUAUGGAUGAUCACGAUGAAUUUGAAGACGACUGGGAUGAGUUUACACCAAGUGCACAAGAUACAUUAUAUGAGAAAUUAGAAUCAAUAGAGAACAACGCCGCAGCAGCUAAAUUAGAGAGGGACAAUGAAAUAGAGGAUAUGGAUGGCGACUUCAACGUCUUUUUGGAUGAACUGUUUGAGAUUCCUUUCAAAUUUAAAGAAAAGACAAAAAAGCAAACACCCCUUGGAGAAAUCUGUGUCAACAAACAGCAUAAAAAUACUGUUGGCCCUGUUCAAAACAAAGAGAAUACAGCAGAUGAAUGCUCGCUUGUAUACGAUUCGCAAGAUGAUAACAUGUGGAGCAACGUCGACUUGGAUCUACUAUCAAAUAUAGAAACAGACUCAAAAAGUGCAAUCAACAAUCAAAAAGACAUUGACACAGCUGAUAUACGCAUACGUCCGUCAUCCAUAUCACCUCCACUGCCAAUGAAAUAUGAAAGCAGUUCGACUACUAUGAAAGGAUUCACAACAGCUUCCGGCAGAGCAUUGAAACCAGUAUCUGACCAAGCCAAGAGGAUGGCAUUAGCGCUAUUCAACGAGGAUGGGGAAUGCAAAGAGGAAGGAAAAACUGCUGUGAUGACUGGAUUCUCAACUGCAUCUGGAAGACCACUCAAGCCAGUUUCAGAAAAAGCACAAAAAGCAGCUUUCGCAUUGUUUGAAGAGGCAGAUGAUGAGUUGAAAGAAAAGCCAAUUGCCACUUAUGGCGGGAUCAAGACUGCCUCUGGCAAAUCGUUAAACAAGCCAAGUAAAACCAGCAUACAAGUAGCAUCUCGAUUGUUUGGAGACGAAAAGGCGCAUGGAUUGAAACGACCUAAUGAUCACCUUAUUGACCCAGAACUUAAAUAUGAAAGUGUGUUGGACAAAUACGGCGGAUUUCGAACAGGAAACAGCAAGAAGCAGAUUACCGUUUCGUCUCGUGCCAAAAAAGAAGCCAUUUCCAUGUUUGAAAAAGACUCCACUGUGCCUGAUAGUCCUCAAAAUGCAUCGAUUGUGCCCGAUAUCACUGCAGCAUCGAAGCAAGCUGUACACAAUACCCCAGUCAAUGCACCAAGCGACGUAAAGCAAUUUAUACCUAAUCAACUUGGACGCAACAAACGAUUCAAGACAUCUCAAAAGCAAAACAAGCCCUUCAAGUCACCCAUCAUUCGAUCCAACAUUGAGCUGACCAAAGCAGCCAUUAGCAACAAGGGCAACUCUAGACUGAAAGGACAGCCAGUGUUUGAUCUUACUCCUCCCACACACCGAUACAAACUGUCAUCGCUCGGCAAGCCCUUAUCAUACAGUAGAGAACAAUUGAUCUCAAAAAAUAUACCACAUGCAAUUAUCGACAUGACCAUAGACAAAGCAGCACUGUACAAAUUUCAAAAUAGCUGGGGUUGGAAAGAGGCUCAGCAUGAUAUGAUUGAUUCCAAUUGUGUUCCCAGUCGAUUGACAACUGCUUGGGUUCAAAAUCAUUAUGCAUUGAUUGUGUGGAAGAUUGCCUGUUUGAUUCGAUCCUACCCAGAUCAGUUUAUAGAUCAGUGGCAGACCCAAUCAGUACUCAAUCAGUUGCUCUACAGAUACGAACGUGAAGUGAAUCUGGGCCAGAGACCAGUACUAAAGAAAAUCUUGGAGCAAGAUGAUAAUUCAGUCAAGCACAUGGUUCUCGUAGUUGCAGAUAUUAUUGAAACGGAAGCCUCGUCGUUUUACAAUACGUCAACAAAAUAUCGACUUGUUCUGUCUGAUGGAUGGUACACAGUACACUCGUGCAUUGAUCUGAGGAUGGAGCAUGCCAUUACGAGACGCAGACUCAAAAUUGGGCACAAAUUAUCGAUCUGUGGUGCCCAAAUUAUUGGCGACAAAACUGCACAGUCACCACUCAGCAUUAAAGCGAACGAUACGUUGCUUUCCAUCACAUCAAAUGGAUGUUUACCAGCUCGGUGGGACGAAAAGCUGGGCUAUCACAAGAGAAAGCUCAUGAUCAGGCCGCUCCCAACUAUUUUUGACGAUGGUGGCACGGUGACAGCGAUCGAUAUCAUUGUUUGCAGAAAGCUCCCUAUACUGUACAGCGAGUCCUUGUCCAAUGGUGCAACGAUCACUCGAACAGCUAAAGAGGAAGAAGAUGCUCUUCGCCGAAUUGAGAGCUGUGAUGGAUUUAACGGGGUGCAGCGCCAACAAAGUUAUGCGGUGCCAAACUUCAGAGUGAACCAUAGAUCCAGCAAUGCCCCUCAUUUAGAUCGAACAGUGAGCGAACCAAAAAAUCCUGAGGAAAGAAGAGUAUCUGGCUUUUUCAAGGUGCGUAUUUGUGAUGCAGCUUCCCGCGGAAACGAUCAACCCUGGGCUACACUACUAUUAUCAAACGCAAAUGAGUUGAAUCACAUGGAUAUUGUGGAAGGAAAUCGAUUUAGAGUGUUCUUUGUGCAGCCUUAUCAUCCUAAAAACAAAAAGUACGCUGGACUGGAUCUCAAGACAACCAGAAUGACUCGAUGGGAGCCAGUGCCGUCAACUACAGCCGCCAAAAAGACAGCAUACGUUCCUCGAUUUGUUACGCUGUGUGGUGAUAUCCGUCAUCAAGACAGAUUAUCAGACUUUGAUAUGGUUGUCUAUGUUUUACAAACUGGAUCGCCCACGAUUGAAAACAAGAAUGGUCGCAAACUGUGGCAUCAAACGCUUUUAGUGACAGAUCAAAGUCAAAGUGUCUGCCAGAUUGAAUUUCGCUUGCCAUUGAACCAUUUCCCUGAUAUCACUGGCCAUGUCAUUUCAGUUGCCAAUGCUCGAUUCGAAAUGUAUGAUGGUAAAUACGACAUUACCUGUCUCAAAACUACAGACGAGUCUGAAGUCACCACCAAGCUGUCCUCAUCAGCAGAGUAUCUGCAAAAAAGUAUGCAUGAGCUUCGAGGCUGGGUUGAGCAGAACCAUGAUUGUAUCAAAUCAAUUGAGGAUCGAGUACAAAAAAGCGUUCGCUAA